AUGGUACUUGCAGAAUUAAUCGCGGUUUUUAUUGGUGUUCUGAGUAUUGUGUACGUCUAUUACAAAUAUGUGAUAUUUAAUUUCUGGCGCAAGAAAGAUGUUUUUUAUGUUGAACCCGUUGUACCAACUGGAAAUAUAACUGGAAAAGAGCACGUAGGAGUAUUUUUCCAUGAUGCAUACUUAAAAUAUAAGGGACAUCGCGCUUUUGGAACGUAUACAUUUUUUAAACCGAAUUUGGUAAUCGCCGAUCUCGAUCUUAUACGAACGGUGUUAACAAAGGAAUUCCAGUCUUUUCAUGAUCGUGGAAUGUAUUGUAACGAAAAGAUUGAUCCAUUGACCGGCCAUUUGUUUCUUAUGCCUGGAAAAAGAUGGCGAAAUAUGCGCGUCAAGUUGACACCCACAUUUACUUCAGGAAAAAUAAAGCAGAUGUUUGUUAUAGUAAAGAAGUGUGGUGAAGAACUCGUAAAACAUCUGGAGAAUAAAGCUAAAAUGAGAGAAUCCAUCGAAAUAAAAGAUAUAUUAGCAAGCUACACAACAGACGUAAUCAUGUCAACGGCUUUUGGUGUCAAAUCGAACUGUGUUCAGAAACCGAAUAACGAGUACCGAGUCCAAGGAAAAAAAGUCUUCGAUAUAAAUUAUAUUAAGCUCGCUCUGGCUAUGUUUGCACCGCAAAUCAUGGAAUUCUUUUCUAUUCCUAUCACACCACAAUCAGUCACCGACUUUUAUAUGAAAAUGUUUCAAGAAGCUGUGGAAUACAGGCAAGCUCAUCAUAUCGUCAGACAUGACUUUAUGAACUUGCUCAUACAACUCAUGGAGAAAGGCUAUGUUGAUCCCGAAGAUGACAAAAAGACCAUCGACGAAUCAUCAAUCGUAAGUAAACUUACCAUGGCAGAAGCUACUGCGCAAAGUUUUGCCUUCUUUGUUGCUGGCUUUGAAACUUCCGCGUCGACAGCAACAUACGCUUUAUACGAAUUAGCACAAUACCAGAAUGUACAGGACAAGGUUAGAAAAGAAAUUGAUGAAAUGUUAAUUAAACAUGGUGAUCUAACCUACGAUGCCAUAAACGACAUGACAUAUCUUCACAAAGUAAUGAAUGAAACCUUAAGGAAAUAUCCAUCUCUUCCUAUCUUGAAUCGAAUUUGUACCAAGGAAAUAGACCUACCGACUACAAACAUUCGCAUACCAAAGGGAACACUAAUAACUGUACCGGUACUUGGAGUGCAUCGAGAUCCGUCGAUAUAUCCGGAUCCGGAUAAAUUCGAUCCUGAGCGCUUUAACGUAGACAAAGUAAAAGAAAGGCAUCCUUACGCUUAUAUGCCAUUCGGAGAAGGUCCACGAAAUUGCAUUGGUUCACGAUUUGGCUACUUACAAAUGAAAAUUGGACUUGUGAGCCUUCUAUCGAAAUACAAAUUCAAACUUCAUUCCCGAACCCCGGUACCGCUUAGUUUCAGUGAGAGAAGUAUAGUUCUCACAGCAAAAAGUGGUAUUCAUCUGAUUAUCGAGCCACGAUAAAGUUAUGUCCUUGAAUUUUUGUUUGUACAAACUCUAAUCUUUUAACUUAUGCCAUGAAUACAAGACAUAUAUGUUAAAAUAGCAAUUAGAUAAUAAGCCAAAUCUAUUUUUUAUUGUAUAUUUGUUCUUCUCACCAAUUUUUCUUAUUUUUAGACUUUUUCUUAAUUAUUCUUGUUUUAUUUAACUCCAUUUUUAUAAAGUAAUGAUGUCACUUUAAAAUUAUUUAAUAUUACUUAAUAUUACGGCUCAAAGUCAAACAAAUUUUAAAUUUGUGUAAAUCGUACUAUAAAAAGUUAUUUGAAAAGGUUAUUAAAAAAAAUUUUUUUAGUCAAAUAUAUUGCGUUAAAAUUUAAAUUUAGAAAAUUGAAUGCAUUGGACAUAAACCUUAAUAAUGUGCAAACUUUAAAAUGUUAACUAAAUGUAAUAAUGGUAAAUUUGCGUAUUUGAAAAAAAAAACCAGAUAUAAAACAUGACAACGAAUAGAGAUACAUAAUACAAAUCAAAUAAAGUGAAGAGAGCAAUUUCACCACUAUACAAGCUCACCACGCACCAACAAGGUAUUCACCUCUUUGAAGUCUUUAAAUUUAUCUAACAGAUUAAAGUAUAUAAGGUAAAUAUUAAAAAUAAUUUUGUUCUAAAAUAUUCUGUAAAUAAUUCUUUGUAUUAUACUAAGCAUCUUCUCUGAGUACUUCUAAAAUAUGAUAACAAAUAUUCUUUGAAUGUUUCUGGAACAUUUAAAUGGUCUGAUUUUUAUAUUCUAUACAGGAUGAUUAUUAAUGGUUGUACCCAUUUUUUACAAUAGGAGCAUAAUUUACCAACGCAUUUAUAAUUUCUAUUAUAAUAAUACAUUUCUAAUGUAAUAAUAUGCUCUUACGGUAAAAAGUAGGUACAACCAUUAUUAAUUACCCUGUAUGUAUAGUUAUAAAACAUCCUUUAAAAUAUUUUUGAAUAUUCUAACAUUUUCAACAAAUAUUUUGUUAUAGUCUAAAUGCACGGAUUAAACCUGGCAUUUUCGACAUAACAACCUAUCGCUGUAUUAGAAAUGCGAGAUUAUUACAUAUUCUUGAGCUACGUGCGGGCUUGUGACCAUGAUGAUCGCGACAACGCUAAAAAACUGACCUUGCAUGUUAUCAUAUAUGUAUUUAGCUCGAUGCGCGAAAGGAUGAGAACGAGAAAGUCUAUAAAUUCGGCUGCCUAAUUGUCGGCAGCGACAGUUUCGUAUCAAAGAUCAAAGUGUAUUGUCGUUAAAUCUAUGGUGACAUUUCGUCAUUUAUUUCAAAAGACAGUCCUUUAUUUCAAGCAGAAACUUUUUUAAUAAAUCUUCUACUCAAGUUUUUAAUCUUCUUCCGUUAUUUACAUUUUUUCGCAAGAUGCAACGUGACAUCUGUGUGUAACUCAUCAUUGAGAACUUCGAAUAUUUAUACCAUAGUUUUUAUCAAGAAAAUAAAUAGUCGUAACGGAAGUAAAUUACAAAAACGGGGAAGAAUAAAGUUAAAUAAAUGGAAAAGUGAUAGUAAGUGUUCUUCGAUCCAUCUAUCUUCUCCUAUCAGCAAUCUCUUCAUAGGCUCCAACCCUUUAGGCACACCAAAUUCCUCCAAUUUUCUUAUGUUGCACCAAAAGGUAUAAUUUAUAGAAUGUUUAUAUAAUGAAUUUGUGUUAUUUAGACUUGACAAAAUAACGAUUUGUUAAAAUUGACAAUUUUGCGACUAUCAAAGCACGAAAAAAUUACAUUAAAUAAAAGAACGCAUUUACUGUGAAUUUUUUCAAGAAUUAAUGUUGUCUAUAAAUGUAAAAUAUAUAAAUUUAAAAUAAAUGUAAUACUAGUGCAAAAAUAUUGGUUUAUUGUGAAAUAGAAUUUCAAAAAGGGAUAAAAAUGAACGGUCGUAGAAAAAUAUUGGGAAUAACCAAAACAAUUUUAUCUACCAUUUCUGUUACUUUAUAAUUACACACAAAAAAAUUCUGUAAAUAGACAACUUUUAUUAGACUGUUUCUUACGAACAUCAUUUUUCUAAUGUAAAAUUUAUCGUAAUAUCUGCCAGUAGACACACUGUAAGAAGAGCAAUGCCAGAAACUAUCAAGACUUUUGCACUGAUUUAAUAAUCAGAAUCUUCAAAAAAUUUUAAAACGUUAAAAUAUCUCGAGAAUAAUUUCUAGCAAUUAAAUAUAUCAGAAUAAAAGUUGUAGAAUUUAAAAAAAAAUGUACCUAACGGUGAUGAAAGUUUGAUUUUGAGUAGAGUCUGCAAGAUUAUAUAAAAAUCAAUUGAAUUUCUUAAAUAAAGCACCCGAUUUGUUAUUGUAUAUACUUAUAGCUUGUUUUAAAAUAUUUCCAAAACAUAAUAAUCAGAGGGAUCUGAUUAUAGAUUUGAAUCUCGGUGCUUCUUUUCCUCACUCCGAGCGCCGCACGCAACAGAGCCGAUUACACCAGUAACGGUGUAAUUUUAAUGUAGUAAACGGGAUGCCACCGCACGCAGCCAUAUAAUUAAUAUUUCUUAUUUUGUGUAACAAAUUUAUUAUAAUGUCUAAUAAAAUACUUCGAUAAAUUGUGG